GCUAAAAAGUUUGUUUUCUUUCAACACAAGUCAUAAGUUUAUAUUUUUGGAAUAUAAAAUUUAUUCCUGUGCAGUCAGUAGUUUAGAAAAGUGACAAAAAAUUGUGCUCAACAAAUAAUAAGAUUUAGAUAAGUAGAAAGAUCUUAAGAGCAGAGCCAGAAAACAUCAAUUAUGGCUGAUUUUGUUGAUAGUGAGGCAUCGGAAAGCGACUCAGAAAUUGAGGACGAGUUGGAGCCUCAUGAACGCAAAAAGCUCAAAAAGAUCAAAGCAGUUUCUGAUUCGGAAGACGAAGAAGAAGAUGAUGAAGACAAAAUUCGUGAGGAAUUAAAGGAUCUUAUUGACGAUGCACCAAUAGAAGAUGAAGAAAGUGAUGCUGAUUCUGAUGCGUCUGACAGAAAUGCAAAACGUAAGAAAUCAGAUGACGAUGAUGAUGAAUUGGAUGAUCGUCUUGAAGAUGAAGAUUAUGAACUUAUUGAAGAGAAUCUUGGCGUCAAAGUUGAAAGGAAACGAUUCAAACGCUUGAAAAGAAUCACCGAUGAGGAAUCUGACACGGAAGAACGCGACGAAAAUCUUAAUCGUGAAGUGAUUGCUGAUCAAUUGUUCGUUAAUUCGGACGAGGAAGAUGAAAGAAAAUCAGAAAGAAGUCAUCGAAAAAAUGAACCAGAACGUUACGAUGAAGAAAUGUCUGAGGAGUCUGAUGCUGAUGAUUUUAUUGUUGAUGAUUAUGGCAAUUCAAUAUCAGAAAAGAAGCGUAAACGUCGUCCCGUCUUCACCGAUGCUUUACUGCAAGAAGGUCAAGACAUUUUCGGUGUUGAUUUCGAUUACGAUGAGUUUGAUAAAUAUGACGAAGACGAGUAUGAAGAUGAAUCAGCUGAUGAGGAUGAAUAUGAAGAAGAUGAUCGUGGUGAGAAGCACACGAAGAAAUCCCAAAGGAAGAAAGUUCAAAAGAAGUCAAUCUUCGAUAUUUAUGAACCGAGUGAACUUAAACGUGGACAUUUCACCGACAUGGACAACAUCAUUCGUAAGACUGACAUUCCCGAACGAAUGCAACUGCGUGAUGUUCCAAUUCCAAGCGUCCCGGAAGGUUCAAACGAACUCGAAGAUGAAGCUGAAUGGAUCUUCAAACAAGCAUUCUCAAAGCCUCCAAUUUCUAAAGUUCAAUCCGACAAUUAUGGACGUAAACAAUCGACAGCAAUUGCGAAGGUAAAGAAAGCCUUGGACUUCAUUCGUAAUCAACAUUUGGAAGUUCCAUUUAUAGCAUUUUAUCGCAAGGAAUAUGUGCAACCAGAUUUGAAGAUUAAAGAUCUUUGGAAGGUGUACAAAUACGAUGCUAAAUGGUGCAUUCUUCAAUCACGUAAACGUGGAAUGGUUCAACUUUUCGAACGUAUUCGUGAACAUCAAUUAGAUAAGUUAGAUAAGCUUCCGGAAGAUGCGACAUUGCCUGAGAUGAGAUUGAUAAAAGAUGACGAUAUUGAUCGAUUGAAAGUUGUUCAAACACCUGAAGAAUUGAAAGAUGUUCACGAUCAUUUUCUUCUUUAUUGUGCACCUGACAUUGAAAGUUUGAAAGCAAUUGAACAUCAAAAGCGUCGUGAACAGCGUAAAAAGGAUCGCGAAAUUCAUGUUCGUGAACGAAAGGAAGACAUUCAACGUGAAAUAAAAGAAAUUAAGUCACUUGAUGAAGAACCGUCAGAAGAGGAUGAAGAAAAGUUGCGAGCACUUCAAGAAGAACUUGAAGCAUUGCAAGUUGAUGGAAAUGAGAUGAUUGUCGAUGUUGACGAGGAUAAUAACGAGAAAGGCGAAGAAGCAAUCAAAGUGUCACGCGAUACUGGGCCUUACGCACGUUGUCGUAAGGCUGGAAUUUGUGGAUUUGCGAAAUUAUUUGGCUUGACACCAGAACAAUUCGCUGAGAAUUUAAGAGACAGCUAUCAAAGACAUGAAGUCGAUCAGGAACUUUCUGAUCCAUUUGAAUUAGCGAAGAAUUACAUCACAACACACUUCACAACUGUUGACGAAGUUCUUGAUGCUGCGAAAUUUGUUGUCGCACGACAAAUUGCACGCGAACCUUUAUUGAGAAAAUCUGUUCGUGAAAUUUUCUACGAACGUGCAAAAAUUUCUGUUCGUCCGACGAAAAAAGGAAUGAAAGAGAUUGACGAGUUCCAUGCGUGCUACACAAAUAAAUAUUUGAAGAAUAAACCCGUGCGCGAUUUAACUGGCGAUGAAUUCUUAAAACUGAAAAUUGCUGAACAAGACAAACUUUUAACUUUGACAAUCUCCGAACGAUUUGAAGGCAACACGACAAAUUCAUUUCUCGAUGAGAUCAAACAGCUUUAUUAUCGUGAUGAAUUUGCCCAACAUGUUCAGAAUUGGAAUAAAUUACGAAGCGAAUGCGUAGAAUUGGCGCUCACAAAAAUGGUCAUUCCAGAUCUUCGCAAAGAACUCGAUUCGAUUCUUCUCGCUGAAUCGAAAGAAUUUGUCAUGGAAGCUUGCAGUCGAAAGAUUUUCAAUUGGAUCAAGACAGCUCCGUACGAUGUUGGCGAUAAUUUUGAUGAAAAUGAUUACGAAUGGGAGACAUCAAAAGGAAUUCGUGUGUUGGGACUUGCUUACGUUCCUGAUCAUUCACAAGCAGCUUUUUGUGCGAUAAUCAAUCAUGACGGUGACGUCACUGAUUAUCUUCGACUUCCACACAUCCUGAAACGUAAACAAACGAAUAACAACAAUGAAAAAGCAUUGAAAGAAGCUGAUCUUGAUACACUUGCUGAAUUCAUUCGUAAUAAGAAGCCGCACGUCAUUGCAAUUGGUGGUGAAUCACGAGAAGCACAAAAUCUUCAAGUUGAUUUACGUGAAUUGAUUCAACAAAUUAUGGAUGAAGAUAAAUUUCCUGAAAUUAAUGUUGAAAUUGUUGACAAUGAUUUUGCGAAAAUCUUUUCCAACUCGAAGAAAGGCGAAGUUGAAUUUCGGGAGUAUCCGCCAUUACUUCGUCAAGCUGUGUCAAUAGCACGUCGCUUGCGUGAUCCUUUGGUUGAAUUUAGUCAGUUAUGUUCACCAGACGAAGAAAUUUUAUGUUUACGUUAUCAUACAUUGCAGGAUCAUUUAUCGAAAGAAGAUUUAGCUGAUGCAAUUUACACAGAAUUCAUCAAUCGGACAAAUGAAGUUGGCGUCGAUAUUAAUUUAGCUGUUCAGAAUCCAUUAACAGUGAAUCUUGUUCAGUUCAUUUGUGGUCUUGGACCGAGAAAAGGACAAGCAUUAAUUAAAAUAUUGAAGCAAACAAAUCAACGAUUGGAAAAUCGAACACAACUCGUCACAUCCUGUCACAUGGGGCCGAAAGUUUUCAUCAAUUGUUCCGGUUUUAUAAAGAUUGACACGAAUUCACUUGGAGAUAGUACAGAGACUUAUGUUGAAGUUCUUGAUGGUUCACGCGUUCAUCCAGAGACAUAUGAAUGGGCAAGAAAAAUGGCUGUAGAUGCACUUGAAUAUGAUGACGACGGAGCGAAUCCCGCUGGUGCACUUGAAGAGAUUUUGGAAGCGCCAGAACGUCUCAAGGAUCUCGAUUUAGAUGCAUUUGCUGUUGAAUUAGAGAAGCAAGGCUUUGGUAACAAAGGAAUAACUUUGUAUGACAUCCGAGAAGAACUUGAGUCGCGUUAUCGUGACAAAAGAAUUCCAUACGAGCCACCAACAAAUGAAGAAUUAUUUGACAUGUUAACAAAGGAAUCAGCUGAGACAUUUUAUGUUGGAAAAAUGUUGUCAGCAACUGUCACUGGGAUUACACAUCGAAAGCCAUCAAGUGAUCAACUCGAUGGCGCAAAUCCAGCGCGUAAUGAUGAGACUGGAAUGUGGCAAUGUCCAUUUUGUGUGAAGAAUGAUUUUCCUGAAUUGUCAGAUGUUUGGGAACAUUUUGACGCUCAAGAAUGUCCUGGAACAGCUGUUGGUGUUAAAUUACGACUUGAUAAUGGACUUUUUGGAUUUAUUCACAUUAAGAAUUUGUCUGAUAAGCAUGUGAAGAAUCCUGAAGAACGCGUCCAACCUGGAAUGCCAAUUCAUGUUCGCAUCAUAAAAAUUUAUGCUGAAAAAUUCAAUGUCGAUUGUACGUCAAAAAGUUCGGAUUUAGCUGAUAAAAAUAAUCAAUGGCGACCACCGAAAGACGACUUUUAUGAUCAAGAUACUGAAGAUAAUGACAUGAAGAAAGAAGUUGAGUCGAAGAAAGUUAAAGCACGACAACAAUACACAAAGCGUGUCAUCGUCCAUCCAGCAUUCCACAACAUUUCUUAUGCUGAAUCUGUGAAGCUUCUUAAGAGUAUGGAUCAAGGUGAAGUCGUUGUCAGACCAUCAAGUAAAGCAACUGAUCAUUUGACAGUGACAUGGAAAGUUGCUGACGAAGUUUUUCAGCACAUUGAUGUGCGUGAAGUUGGGAAAGAAAAUACAUUUUCACUUGGCACAUCACUUUUCAUUGGCACUGAAGAAUUUGAAGAUCUUGACGAAAUCAUCGCUCGCCAUAUUAAUCCAAUGGCAGGUUAUGCAAGAGAUUUGAUCACGUUCAAGUAUUAUCGUGACGGAUUAUGUGGAGUUCGAGAUAAAGCUGAAGAAUUGUUGAAAGAUGAGAAGAAAAAGAAUUCAAAUAAAAUUCAUUACUUCUUGUCAGCAUCGAAGAGUUAUCCUGGAAAGUUCAUGAUUUCUUAUCUCCCACGCAACAGUUGCAGACAUGAAUAUGUUUCAGUCACACCAGACGGCUUCAAAUUUCGACAACAAAUGUUUGAUAACAUAAAUGCACUCAUGAAAUGGUUCAAAGAACAUUUUAAAGAUCCACUUCCAGUACAAACACCCGGAAGUACUCCAAGAGGUGGAUCGUCAGCAAGAUCAUCUUAUGCAACGCCAGGUUUAAGUGUUCACAAUGAAGCCAUCCAAAGAGUCGCACAAAAUCUUCCUUCGCAUAUGUUCAAUUCACUCGCUCAGGCAACUAACACUCCACAUUAUCCACAUGCUAACACUCCUUACACACCUUCAGGUCAAACUCCAUUUAUUAUGAUGACACCUCAUACGUCACAAACUCCACGUUAUGGACAAUUGACACCAACACAACAAGGACAAUUCUUGAGACCUGGAGCGCCUGUUUCACGUGGACCACCGACUUAUCGUGCUUCACCAUUCAACUCAGGUGCAUCUCCAAGAGUUAUGAUGCCACCAGCACAGACAACACCAAGUCGCCGGCAUUCAGCAGCUCAAGAUGAUGACGAUGAAUGGGAUAAAGCACAAUCAGCAUGGGGAAGUUCAAGAGGCAAAGCAAGUACACCAAGAGGUGACAGUGUUGGAAGAACAACACCAAGAGGUUCCGGAAGCAGACACGAUGACUUUGUCAGGAAAACUCCACAAUAUGAGUUGGAAAGACCAUCGAGUCGUUCAAGUGUUCGUUCUUCAGGAGGAAGAUCAAUUCGAAGUACACCUCGUACAAACUCAUCACCACAUUCGAUGGUUCUUGGUGAUGAUUCGACCCCACUUUAUGAUGAAACUUAAAUUUAAUACAAAAAAAGGAGGGAAAUUUUUAAAUUCAUUUUUAUUUUCUUUUAAAAACCCAGCAGAUAAGAUUUUUGGUUUUUAUUUCAAAUUUACUCCCUUGUUUCAUUUAAUUUAAUGAAAUUAAAUAAGAUUGAAUAAAAAUAAGAAGAAGAAAUAUUUUUGUUUUGCUGUCAGUUUUAUUUGUUUCAGUUGUGCUGUCAGUGGUGUCAAUGAUCCUUUGAAAACUUUUCAUGUUUUCAAUUAAAAAUAUUAAUUAUCUGCUGUGAAUAAAGAUUAAUUUAAUUAUAAUCAAAAGA